AUGACGGAAGUUGUGGAGGAAUAUGAGGAAUAUGAGGAAUAUGAGGAAUAUGAGGAGGAGGAGGAGGAGAUUGUGGACGAGGUGAGAACGACGACUGUCACUGAGCACAAGAGUUCUCAGGCCCUGCAGUCCGGCUUGCCCACCAGGAAGGUCAGGAAGAAGGUCAAGGUGGACACCUCUAAGUUCAUGACCCCGUACCUGGCUCACAGCCAGAAGAUGAUGGAGCAGUACAGUCAUAAUAAAUACCGGCAUGCAUACGACAUGUCCAGAGGGAAGCCUCCUACCAUCAUCACGGAUUCCCCUGAAAUGAUUCGCAUCAGGAAGGCCCAGGAGCAGCUCAGCGAGGUUAAAUACCGUAUGGAAGGAAAUAAGACUCGGACAACCAGCUUGUAUGACGGCACGGCCAAAGAGGUCGCCCACGUCAAGCGCGUAUCUGACCUGAUCAGCAAGGUUCUGUACAGACAGAAGUGGGACGAGACCAAGGACCGGUACCUGCUGCCUCCGGAUGCUCCUGAGCUGGUCCUGGCUGUGAAGAACGCUGCCAACUACAGCAAAAAACUCUACACAGAGCUCUGGGAUGAAGAGAAGACCAUGUUCUACCCCUACAGCGACAGCCCCGAGCUGCGCAGGGUGGCCAAGGCUCAGGAGGUCCUCAGUGAUAUCCGCUACAAGAAGGGUCACGAUCAGCGCAAGGCCAAGUUCACCUCGCUGGCCGAUCCCCCUGAAGUGGAGCUGGCCCGGAGAGUGGCCCGGCAGCGCAGUGACCUCAAAUACAAGGAGGACUACAAUAAGAACGUGAAGGGUCAAUGGUGCGAGACGCCGUACUUCGACGUGGCCACGGCCAGGGUGGCGAUGGAGAACCUGAGCAGUAAAAGAUACACGCAGGAUUACGAGGACAAGAAAGACCAAAUCUACUUCAUGCAGACGGACACGCCGGUUUACGACUCCAACAAGAAGGCUCGCAUCGCCGCCAGCCAGGUUCACUACAAGAAGGAGUACGAGAAGGGCAAGGCGGAGGCCGACUACAACACGCUGCCCGCCACAGAGAACCCUCUCCUCAGGCAGCUGCGAUACGCCGGCACCAUCCUCAGCGAUAAAGUAUAUAAAGCCAACUAUGAGAAAGCUCGAGGUUUCAGCAUCAACUACUGCGACACGCCCAAGUUUCAGAUGGACUCCGUGCUGAAGAAGUUCACUGAUGUGCGUUACAAGGCUAAGUAUGAAAGCGACGUGAAGGGUCGCUACAUCGGCAGCUACGAAGACGUCUUCAUGAUUCACUGCCAGAAAGUCGAGGAGAUGAAGAACGAGCAACUUUAUAAAAGUGAAUAUGAAGACAGUAAGACGAGAUGCUUCUUCCCUCAAACAAUUACGCCGGAAUACGAAGUCGGGAAGAAGCUGCUUCAGUGCAGUGACAAGACGUACCGGACGCAUCCGGACAGAGUGAAGUUCACUCAAGUCGUGGAUUCUCCCGUUCUGGUUCAAGCCGCCAUCAACGCCAAACAGCUGAGUGACUUGAACUACAAAGCAAAGUACGAGGACACAAAGUUCAAGAACAGCAUCCCUCCAGACCAUCCCUUCUUCAUCCAGUCCAGAGUGAACGCCUUCAACCUCAGUGACAACUCUUACCAGUACGACUGGGAGAAAUCCAAAGCCAAGAAGUUUGAGAUCCGGGGCGACGCCAUCUCCAUCCUCGCGGCCCGCGCUCACACCAACAUGGCCAGUGACGUCAAGUAUAAGAAGGAGUAUGAGAAGAACAAAGGGCAGAUGGUCGGAGCCCUCAGCAUCAACGAUGACCCCAAGAUCUUGCACUCCGUUCACGUGGCCAAAAUCCAGAGUGACCGUGAAUAUAAAAAGGACUAUGAGAAGAUCAAGACCAAGUUCCAUACGACUCUGGAUAUGAUGUCCGUCACCUUGGCCAGAAGAUCCCAGGGCAUCGCCAGCAUGACGGGUUACAAGAGCAUCAGCACCAAGUUCUUCCUCCCCCACGACAGUGUGCUGCUUGAGUUGGCCAAGAAAGCCAACAGCAUCCAGAGUGACAAUGAGUACAAGUCUGACUACAACAGCUACACCAAGGGAACCCCGUGGAUCCCCUUUGGCUCCCUGGAGGUGGAAAAGAAUAAGAAAGCCGCUGAGAUCCUGAGUGAGAGAAAAUACAGAAAACACCCCGACAAGACCCCCUUCACCUCCAUCGACGACCACCCCGUCAUGAUGCAGGCCAAAGUCAACCAGCUUCAGAGGAGUGAUCUGUUCUACAAGAGGGGUCUGGAAGAGGUCCAUCAGAAGUACUCUCUGCCUCAUGAUGCCCCCGAGUUCCUCCAGGCCAAGUGCAAUGCCUACAACAUCAGCAAGAACUGCUACAAGCACGCCUGGCAGGAGUUGAUUGCUAAAGGUUAUGACCUGAAGCUGGACGCUAUCUCCAUUACCGCCGCCAAGGCUGCCAGACAUGCUGCCAGUGAUGUCCAGUAUAAAAAGGCUUAUGAGAAGGCCAGAGGCCACCAUGUCGGCUUCCGCAGCAUCCAGGACGACCCUCUGCUGGUUCACUACAUGGCAGUGGCGAAGAUGCAGAGCGAAAAGAACUACAAGAAGGACUACCACAAGGCCAAGCUGAAGUACCACACCCCAGUGGACAUGAUGAGCCUGGUGCAAGCCAAACAUGCCUCAUCGGUGCAGACCUAUGCUGGCUACAAGCAGCACAACCACAAGUACUUCCUGCUGCCCGACUCAAUGAGUCUGGGCCUCGCUCGCAAUAUGAACUUCAAUGCCAGUAAUUAUAACUAUAAACUGGAUUAUGAGACCUCAGUCAAGGGAAUCGGCUGGGUUCCUAUUGGUUCCCUGGAGGUAGAAAAAGCCAAGAAGGCAGCAGAAGCUCUGAAUGAGAAGAAUUACCGCCAGCACCCUGCAACCUUAAAAUUCACCAGCACCAUUGACUCCAUGAGCAUGGAGCUGGCCAAGGCCAAUGCCAAGAUCAUGAAUACAAAAGAGUACAAGGCCAGUGGAGAGAAGUUCAUGCACACUUACCAUCUCCCUGCUGAUGUUCCCGAACUGAUGCAAGCCAAAUACAACGCCGUCAACAUCAGCAAGAAUUACUACACCCAUGCUCAUCGUCAAGAUCUGCUCAAAGGACAUCAUGUGAAGGCGGACGCUAUCUCCAUUGUUGCAGCGAAAAGUUCCAGAGACAUUGCCAGCAAUUACAAGUACAAGCUGGCUUACGAGAAGGCCAGAGGCCACCACGUCGGCCACCGCAGCAUCCAGGACGACCCUCUGCUGGUUCACUACAUGCAGGUGGCAAAGAUGCAGAGCGAAAAGAACUACAAGAAGGACUACAACAAGGCCAAGCUGAAGUACCAUUCCCCAGUGGACAUGAUGAGCGUGGUCCACGCCAAGCAGGCCUCUGCUGCUCAGACCUUCAUGGGUUACAGGAAGAUCCCUCACAGCUACUUCCUCCUGCCUGACAACUUGCACCUGCAGCGGUGUCGCGGCAUGAUGGAGAUUCAGAGCGACAAUGUCUACAAGUCCGAUUACAACAACUACAGUCGAGGCGUCGGCUGGGUCCCUAUCGGUUCUCUGGACGUUGAGAAGGCCAAAGUUGCCAGAGCCGCGCUGGCUGAACGAGGCUACCGCCAGCAUCCCAGCACUCUCAAAUUCACGAGCAAGACUGAUGCCAUGAACACAGCUCUGGCUCUGGCCAACACUAAGCAAUUGGACAACGCUUCGUACAGAGCUUCUGGUGAGAAGUUCGUGCACACCUAUCAUCUGCCAGCAGACAGCCCCGAGUUCCUUCAGGCUAAAUUCAACGCCCAGACGCUUAGCGAGAGUCACUACAAGCACAAGUGGCUGGAAGUUAUUGCCAAGGGAUACGACAUGAGGCCUGAUGCUAUUUCCAUCCUGCACGCCAAGCAAGGGAGACAUAUUGCCAGCAAUGUGCAAUACAAGAAAGAAUACGAGAAGGCCAGAGGCCAUCAUGUCGGCUUCCGCAGCAUCCAGGACGACCCUCUGCUGGUUCACUACAUGCAGGUGGCAAAGAUGCAGAGCGAAAAGAACUACAAGAAGGACUACAACAAGGCCAAGCUGAAGUACCACUCCCCAGUGGACAUGAUGAGUCUGGUGCAAGCCAAGCAGGCCUCUGCUGCUCAGACCUUCAUGGGUUACAGGAAGAUCCCUCACAGCUACUUCCUCCUGCCUGACAACUUGCACCUGCAGCGGUGUCGCACAAUAAACAGCCAGACGAGUGACUGUGAUUACAAGUCCGAAUGGAACAACUUCAUCAGAGGUACCGGAUGGGUCCCCAUUGGCUCAAUUGGAGUUGAGACUGCUAAAGUUGGCGGUCAGAUUCAGAGUGAGAAUCGGUACCGCACUCAUCCAUCCACCUUCAAGUUCAGCAAGCUGAUGGACUCCAUGGACUUGACUCUGGCUACUGCCAACAACCAGAUCAUGAACAAGAAAGCAUACACUUCAGCUUGGGAGAAGGACAAACGGACAGUCCACGUCAUGCCAGAUGCUCCGGAGAUCGUCCUGGCCAAAGCUAACGCCCUUAACAUGAGCAAUAAACUUUACAAAGCCGGUUUUGUGGAGAUGGCCAAUAAGGGUCACAACCUCAAAGCAGACGCCAUCUCAAUUGUGGCCGCCAAGCUCGGGACCACUAUUGCCAGUAAUUACAAGUACAAGCUGGCUUACGAGAAGGCCAGAGGCCACCACGUCGGCUACCGCAGCAUCCAGGACGACCCUCUGCUGGUUCACUACAUGCAGGUGGCAAAGAUGCAGAGCGAAAAGAACUACAAGAAGGACUACAACAAGGCCAAGCUGAAGUACCACUCCCCAGUGGACAUGAUGAGCCUGGUGCACGCCAAGCAGGCCUCUGCUGCUCAGACUAUGGCCGGAUACCGGAAGAUCCAGCACAGUUACGCUCUGCUCCCUGAUGCCAUGAACUUCAAGCUGGCUCGCACCAUGAACAGCCAGAGUAGUGAUUGGGACUACAAGUCUGAAUAUAACAGCUAUAUCAGAGGUACCGGAUGGGUCCCCAUUGGCUCAAUUGGAGUUGAGACUGCUAAAGUUGGCGGUCAGAUUCAGAGUGAGAAUCGGUACCGCACUCAUCCAUCCACCUUCAAGUUCAGCAAGCUGAUGGACUCCAUGGACUUGACUCUGGCUACUGCCAACAACCAGAUCAUGAACAAGAAAGCAUACACUUCAGCUUGGGAGAAGGACAAACGAACAGUCCACGUCAUGCCAGAUGCUCCGGAGAUCGUCCUGGCCAAAGCUAACGCCCUUAACAUGAGCAAUAAACUUUACAAAGCCAGUGUUGCUGCGAUGGCCAAUAAAGGCUACAACCUCAAAGGAGACGCCAUCGCAAUUUUGGCUGCCAAGUCCGGUACUACCAUUGCCAGUAAUUACAAGUACAAGCUGGCUUACGAGAAGGCCAGAGGCCACCACGUCGGCUACCGCAGCAUCCAGGACGACCCUCUGCUGGUUCACUACAUGCAGGUGGCAAAGAUGCAGAGCGAAAAGAACUACAAGAAGGACUACAACAAGGCCAAGCUGAAGUACCACUCCCCAGUGGACAUGAUGAGCCUGGUGCACGCCAAGCAGGCCUCUGCUGCUCAGACUAUGGCCGGAUACCGGAAGAUUCAGCACAGUUACGCUCUGCUCCCUGAUGCCAUGAACCUGCAACUGGCUCGUAACAUGCAGUUCAUCGUCAGUGAUAACCAGUACAAGAGUGAUUAUGACAGCUUCAUGAAGGGAACAGGAUGGGUCCCUAUUGGAUCGUUGGAUGUUGAGAAGGCAAAAUUAGCAGGAAAGAUCUUCAGUGAGUCCCGAUACCGUCAACCUCCGAGCAAAUUCAAAUUCACCAAGGACAUGCACUCCAUGGAUCUGACACUGGCCACUGCCAACAACCAGAUAAUGAAUAAGCAAUCCUACACCACGGCCUGGGAGAAAGACAAGACUUCGAUUCACAUCAUGCCCGACGCAAUGGACAUUGUUCUCGCUCGAGGAAACAAGAAGAACGUCAGUGAGAAACUGUACAAAUUGGACAAUGAGCUGUCCAAGAAGAAGGGCCAUAAUGUUCGUGGCGAUGCCAUCGCAGUCCAGGCUGCCAAAGCCUCCACUGCUAUUGCUAGUGAUUACAAGUACCACGCAGGAUACCGUAAGCAGGUGGGCCACCACAUCGGCGCUCGCUGCGUCCAGGACGACCCUCUGCUCAUGCUGGCUCUGAACUCAGCCAAGAUCGCCAGCGACGCCCUGUACAAGAAGGACUUCAACAAGUCCAAGACCAAGUUCAACCUGCCCGUGGACAUGAUAGCCUUUGAACUGGCCAAGAAGAACCAGAUCCAGGUCAACCACGCCAACUACAUCACUCGCCUCCACAACUGGACUUGUCUGCCAGACUCCAGUGAUGUCGUCCAGGCCAGACGUGCUUAUGACAUACAGAGUGAUGCUAUUUACAAGGAGGAUCUGAAGAUGAUGCAGGGUAUCGGAUGGGUGCCAAUAGGUUCACUGGAUGUUGAGAAGGUGAAGAAAGCUGGCGAGGCCCUGAAUGAGAGAAAGUAUCGUCAACCCCCAAGCAAAUACAAGUUCAAAAUCACCACUGAGGACAUGCCCAUGGUGUUGGCUAAGGCCAACGCUCAGGUUAUGAACAAGAAAUCAUACGUUGAAGCCUGGGAAAAUCAGAAGUCAAAUAUCCACAUCAUGCCCGACGCUAUGGAUGUUCUUCUAGCCAAAGCCAACAAUGUCAACUACAGCUUGAAAAAGUAUAAACAGGCAAAUGAAGACUCCAAGAAGAAGGGCUACGAUAUGCGCGGCGAUGCAAUUUCUGUCAAAGCAGCGAGGGCUUCCACGAACAUCGCCAGUGAUUACAAGUACCACGCAGGGUACCGUAAGCAGGUGGGCCACCACAUCGGCGCUCGCUGCGUCCAGGACGACCCUCUGCUCGUGCUGGCUCUGAACUCAGCCAAGAUCGCCAGCGACGCCCUGUACAAGAAGGACUUCAACAAGUCCAAGACCAAGUUCAACCUGCCCGUGGACAUGAUAGCCUUUGAACUGGCCAAGAAGAACCAGAUCCAGGUCAACCACGCCAACUACAUCACUCGCCUCCACAACUGGACUUGUCUGCCAGACUCCAGUGAUGUUGUCCAGGCCAGACGUGCUUAUGACUUACAGAGUGAUGCUAUUUACAAGGAGGAUCUGAAGAUGAUGCAGGGUAUCGGAUGGGUGCCAAUAGGUUCACUGGAUGUUGAGAAGGUGAAGAAAGCUGGCGAGGCCCUGAAUGAGAGAAAGUAUCGUCAACCCCCAAGCAAAUACAAGUUCAAAAUCACCACUGAGGACAUGCCCAUGGUGUUGGCUAAGGCCAACGCUCAGGUUAUGAACAAGAAAUCAUACGUUGAAGCCUGGGAAAAUCAGAAGUCAAAUAUCCACAUCAUGCCCGACGCUAUGGAUGUUCUUCUAGCCAAAGCCAACAAUGUCAACUACAGCUUGAAAAAGUAUAAACAGGCAAAUGAAGACUCCAAGAAGAAGGGCUACGAUAUGCGCGGCGAUGCAAUUUCUGUCAAAGCAGCGAGGGCUUCCACGAACAUCGCCAGUGAUUACAAGUACCACGCAGGGUACCGUAAGCAGGUGGGCCACCACAUCGGCGCUCGCUGCGUCCAGGACGACCCUCUGCUCGUGCUGGCUCUGAACUCAGCCAAGAUCGCCAGCGACGUCCUGUACAAGAAGGACUUCAACAAGUCCAAGACCAAGUUCAACCUGCCCGUGGACAUGAUAGCCUUUGAACUGGCCAAGAAGAACCAGAUCCAGGUCAACCACGCCAACUACAUCACUCGCCUCCACAACUGGACUUGUCUGCCAGACUCCAGUGAUGUUGUCCAGGCCAGACGUGCUUAUGACUUACAGAGUGAUGCUAUUUACAAGGAGGAUCUGAAGAUGAUGCAGGGUAUCGGAUGGGUGCCAAUAGGUUCACUGGAUGUUGAGAAGGUGAAGAAAGCUGGCGAGGCCCUGAAUGAGAGAAAGUAUCGUCAACCCCCAAGCAAAUACAAGUUCAAAAUCACCACUGAGGACAUGCCCAUGGUGUUGGCUAAGGCCAACGCUCAGGUUAUGAACAAGAAAUCAUACGUUGAAGCCUGGGAAAAUCAGAAGUCAAAUAUCCACAUCAUGCCCGACGCUAUGGAUGUUCUUCUAGCCAAAGCCAACAAUGUCAACUACAGCUUGAAAAAGUAUAAACAGGCAAAUGAAGACUCCAAGAAGAAGGGCUACGAUAUGCGCGGCGAUGCAAUUUCUGUCAAAGCAGCGAGGGCUUCCACGAACAUCGCCAGUGAUUACAAGUACCACGCAGGGUACCGUAAGCAGGUGGGCCACCACAUCGGCGCUCGCUGCGUCCAGGACGACCCUCUGCUCGUGCUGGCUCUGAACUCAGCCAAGAUCGCCAGCGACGCCCUGUACAAGAAGGACUUCAACAAGUCCAAGACCAAGUUCAACCUGCCCGUGGACAUGAUGGCCUUUGAACUGGCCAAGAAGAACCAGAUCCAGGUCAACCACGCCAACUACAUCACUCGCCUCCACAACUGGACUUGUCUGCCAGACUCCAGUGAUGUUGUCCAGGCCAGACGUGCUUAUGACUUACAGAGUGAUGCUGUCUACAAAGCUGACCUCAAGUGGCUCCAGGGCAUGGGCUGGGUCCCCAUCGGCUCAAUUGAGGUGGAGAAAGCCAAGAAAGCUGCAGAGGCCUUGAGUGAAAGGAAAUACCGCCAGCCCCCCUCCACUCUUCCCUUCACUAGCACCACAGAUGCCAUGAACAUCGUACUGGCAAAGAAUAACGCUUUAACCAUGAACAAGCGUCUUUACACCGAGGCGUGGGAGAAGGACAAGACCAAGCUGCACAUCAACCCUGACACCCCUGAGAUCGUCCUCUCUCAGCAGAACGCUAUCAAUAUGAGCAAGAAACUGUACAGACAAGGUUUUGAGGCCACCAUCAACAAAGGCUAUCACCUUCCAAGUGAUGCAGUGUCUGUCAAGGCUGCUAAGGCCUCCAGGGACAUCAUCAGUGAUUACAAGUACAAGACGGGGUACCGUAAGCAGGUGGGCCACCACAUCGGAGCCCUCAGCGUCCAGGACGACCCUCUGAUCGUGCUGGCGUUAAACUCAGGAAAGAUCGCCAGUGACGUCCUGUACAAGAAGGACUUCAACAAAUCCAAGACCAAGUACAACCUGCCCGUGGACAUGUUGAGUCUUGAGCUGGCCAAGAAGUGCCAGAUUCAAGUCAACCACGCCAACUACAUCACCCGCCUGCACCAGUGGACCUGUCUGCCGGACUCCACUGAUGUGGUCCAGGCCAGAAAAGCCUACGACCUGCAGAGUGAUGCCGUAUACAAAGCCGACUUGGAUGAGAUCGUGGGCGUAGGAUGGGUCCCCAUUGGUUCCCUUGGUGUGUUGAAGGCCAAGAAUGCUGCAAAGAUUCUGAGCGACCAUCUCUACAAGCUGAAACCAGACAAACAGAAGUUUACAACUGACAUGACUUCCCUUUCCAUGGUCUUGGCCAAAACAAAUGCUGAAACCAUCAACAAGAAAAACUAUAUUGCUGCUUGGGAGGCUGACAAGGUGAAGAACCAUGUGAUCCCUGACUUACCUGAGAUUGUGCUCUCCAAAGCUAAUGCUUACAACAUGAGCAAGAAACUAUACAGGCAAGGUGUUGAGGAGAUGUUUAGGAAAGGCUACGACUUGAAGUCCGAUGCUGUCUCUAUUGUUGCUGCCAAACGUGGAAGAGAAAUCAUCAGCGACUACAAGUACAAGACGGGGUACCGCAAGCAGGUGGGCCACCACAUCGGAGCCCUCAGCGUCCAUGACGACCCUCUGAUCGUGCUGGCUCUGAACUCAGCCCGGAUCGCCAGCGACGCCCUGUACAAGAAGGACUUCAACAAGUCCAAGACCAAGUUCAACCUGCCCGUGGACAUGCUGAAUCUUGAGCUGGCCAAGAAGUGCCAGAUCCAAGUCAACGACUUCAACUACAGGACUCAUCUGCACAACUGGACCUGCCUGCCGGACUCCACCGAUGUGGUCCAGGCCAGGAAGGCCUACGACCUCCAGAGCGAUGCUGUUUACAAGGCCGACAUGCAGUGGCUCAGGGGAACGGGUUGGGUGCCAAUAGGUUCAGUCGAUGUGGAAAAAGCCAAGAAAGCGUCCGAGAUCCUGAGUGAAAUAAAGUACCGUCAGCAUCCCCGAAACUUCAAAUUCACUGCCAAGACAAGUGACAUGCCAUAUGCCCUGGCUCAGGCCAAUGCCCACAUCAUGGACAAGAAAGCGUACACUUCCGCCUGGGAGAAGGACAAGAUCAACCUCCACAUCAUGCCGGACACGCCAGAGAUCAUCCUGGCCAAGCAGAACAAAAUUAACACCAGUCUGAAACAAUAUCGUGAAGGCUAUAUGGACGCCAUAAACAAAGGCUACUACCUUCCCAAAGAUGCCAUUUCUGUGUUGGCAGCCAGGGCCUCCCGAAACAUCAUCAGUGACUACAAAUACAAGGCCGGUUACCGGAAGCAAUGCGGCCAUCACAUCGGCGCGCUCAGCAUCCAGGACGACCCUCUGAUGAUGUUGGCCGCCAACGCAGCCAAGAUCUCCAGCGACAACAUCUACAAGAAGGACUUCAACAUGACCAAGACCAAGUACAACCUGCCCGUGGACAUGCUGACCAUCGAGCUGGCCAAGAAGUGCCAGCAGCAAGUCAAUGACUUCAACUACAGGACUCAUCUGCACCAGUGGACCUGCCUGCCGGACUCCACCGACGUGGUCCAGGCCAGGAAGGCCUACGACCUGCAGAGCGACGCCGUGUACAAAUCUGACAUGGAGUGGCUUAGAGGAUGCGGCUGGUCGCCUCACGACUCUGUGGACGUCGUCAAAGCCAGAAACGCUCAGGCCAUCAUCAACGAGAGGCUCUACCGCCAGCCCCCGAGCUCCGUGAAGUUCACCAGCGUGGUCGACCUCCCGGAGAUUGUCUUGUCCAAGCAGAACGCUGCCAACAUAAGCGACUGGAAGUACAGGGAAGUCUGGGAUAAAGACAAGCUCUCCUUUCACCUGCCACCGGACACGCCCACCUUAGUGCUGUCCAAAGCCAACGCCAUCAGCAUCAGCAACAAACUGUACACAAAGGCAUGGGACGACCAGAAGGCCAAAGGCUACCACAUCAAGGAGGAUGCUAUCGCCGUGCUGAAGGCUAGAGCCUCCAGAGAUAUCAUUAGUGAUUACAAGUACCACGCAGGGUACCGCAAGCAGGUGGGCCACCACAUCGGCGCUCGCUGCGUCCAGGACGACCCUCUGAUCAUGCUGGCUCUAAACUCAGCCAAGAUCGCCAGCGACGCCCUGUACAAGAAGGACUUCAACAAGUCCAAGACCAAGUUCAACCUGCCGCCGGACAUGUUGAAUCUUGAGCUGGCCAAGAAGUGCCAGAUCCAAGUCAACGACUUCAACUACAGGACUCAUCUGCACCAGUGGACCUGCCUGCCGGACUCCACCGACGUGGUCCAGGCCAGGAAGGCCUACGACCUGCAGAGCGACGCCGUGUACAAAGCUGAUCUGGAGUGGCUACGUGGAUGUGGGUGGAUGCCUCACGAGUCUGUGGAGGUGAUGAAGGUGAAGCACGCGCAGAAGGUCCUGGCUGAAAGAGGAUACCGGGUCAAGUUGGAUGAUCAGAAGUUCACAGUUCCGACUGACAGAAUCGACAUGAUUUGUUACAAGAAUGCGGCCAACGUCCUCAACGAGGCUAAAUACCGCGAGGCCUGGCACAACGACAAGACCAAGUUCACGGUGCUGGACACCCCAAUUAUGGCCACAGCCAGAGAGGUGGCGAAGAACAUUCACCCGAAACUGUACACCAAAGCUUGGGAUUCGGCCAAGGCCACCGGCUACUUCAUGCCUGGAGAUGCCGUUCCCAUCAAGCAGUGCAUCCAAACGAGUAAAGUGCAGAGUCAACACAAGUACCUGGAGAGCUACCGCAAGCAGGUGGGCCACCACAUCGGAGCCCUCAGCGUCCAUGACGACCCUCUGAUCAUGCUGGCUCUGAACUCGGCCCGGAUCGCCAGCGACGCCCUCUACAAGAAGGACUUCAACGACUCCAAGACCAAGUUCAACCUGCCCGUGGACAUGCUGCAGUUUGAGCUGGCCAAGAAGUGCCAGAUCCAAGUCAACGACGACCUCUACAGAACCCGUCUGCACAACUGGACCUGUAUGCCGGACCAGACCGAUGUCAUACAGGCCCGCAAAGCCUAUGAUCUCCAAAGCGAUAAUGUGUACAAGGCUGACAUGGAAUGGCUUCGUGGCUGUGGUUGGGUGGCGGCUGAAUCUGUUGACCAUGUCAAGGUCCGGAAGGCCCAGGAGAUCAUCAACGAGAGGCACUACAAGAAGCAUGCCAAAGACUGCUUUUCCAAGUUCACCCUGAUUGUGGACCGUCCUGAGCUCAUCUUGGCGAGGAUAAAUGAUGCAAACCUCAGUGAUCUGAAGUACAAGGAGACCUUCAAUGCAGAAAAGGGUCACUAUAUUGGUUCAGAAGACACUCCUCAACUGGCUCACAGCAGGGAGGUGUCCAAGAACAUCAGUGAGAAACUCUACAAACAGCAAUGGGACAAGUCGAAGGCUACCGGCUACCAGCUGGACCAUCAGUACAUCCCACUGGUCAGCGGCAAGAAGGGCAGGGAGAUCAUCAGUGAUGCCAAGUACCAUGAUGUACAUGAGAAGGCCAAGGGUCACUACAUGGCUGGGACGCUGGUGGACUUCCCCGAGGUGAUGCGCUGUGGACAGCAGGAGAAGAACAAGGGACUGAGGAUCUACACGAAGGACUACCACCACAACAAGACCAAGAACCACCUCCCACCCGACGUCAUCGCCAACAAGGUUGCUAAGCGGUGCCAGGACAUGCUGAGCGACGUCCUCUACCGCACCUACCUGCACCAGUGGACAUGCCACCCUGACCAGGAGGACGUCAUCCGGGCCCGCAAGACCAACGAGAUUCUCAGUGAUGUGUUCUACAAGGAUGACCUGAACUGGAUGAAGGGAAUGGGUUGCUUUGUCUGGGACACGCCGGAGAUCGUCCGGGCCAAGAAGUCCUACGAGCUGCAGAGUGACCUUCAAUACAGACACGAGGCCAAGAAAGAGUUCAACAACUACUCCAUCGUGACCGACACCCCGGCCUACGUGACCGCUGUCCUGGGCAACACCUGGGCCAGUGAUCUCAACUACAGGGAGGCGUAUCACAAGGAGAAGCACCUGUACACCACCGUCCUGGACACGUACGACUAUGCCAGAUGCCACGACUUCAAGCACUUCUUCAGCAACAAAGAGUACAGCGCCGCCUGGGACAAGAUCAAAGCCAAGAGCUACCGGAUUCCCCACGACUCGCACGCCAUGCAGCACGCCAAACAGCAGAAGAUCAUCCUCAGCGGCGUGAAGUACAAGCAGGAUUACGAGAAGUUCAAAUCCCUCUACAGUCUGCCCAAGUGCCUCGAGGAUGAUCCCAACACCGCCCGCUGCGUCCGAGCUGGAAAGCUGGUCCUGGACCGUCUCUACAGGGAGGACUACGAGAAGACCAAGGCCAAGAACCACAUCCCACCAGACAUGCUGGAUAUCCUGUCUGCCCGCAAAACCCAGUCCUCUGUCAGCGAGAUCAACUACCGCAAGCACCUGCAUCAGUGGAUUUGCCUCCCUGACAUGCAGGUGUACACGCAGGCACGCAAGGUCAACGAGCAGCUCAGCGACAUCUUCUACAAGGACGACCUGAACUGGCUGAAGGGAAUCGGCUGCUACGCCUGGGACACGCCGGAGAUCAUCCGUGUGAAGAACGCCGGAGACCUUCAGAGCGUGAACAAGUACCGAGCCAAAGGUGUGGAGUCCUUCAAGGAGUACUCGGUGGUGACGGACACGCCGGUGUACGAGACGGCCAAGCAGAACUCUCAGAACCUGAGCGACCUGCACUAUCGCUACGACUACAACGCCCACAUCAAGGGAACCAGCAGCGCUCCGGCUGUGACCGUCGACACGGAGCGAGCCCGGCUGGCCAGCUACAUCCAGAGCGACAACUGGUACAAGGAGGCCAACAAGAACCAGAUGCCCACCGGCUACUCCCUCCCCCACGACACCCCUCUCAUCAAGCAGGCUAAGCUGAACAGCACUGUCACCAGCUAUGUGAAGUACAAGGAAGCCUACGAGAUGAUGAAAGCGAAGGCCUACACUCUUCACCCAGAGGGCGUCGACUUCGUCACCUCAAGAAAGGCCAACAAGAUCACCAACAAUCGUCUGUAUCGGGAGGAUUACCACAAGCAGAAGGACAAGAUCCACACGACCUACGACACGCCGGACAUCAGACAAGUGAAGAUGAACCAGACGCACCUGAGCGACCUGCGCUACAGAGAGAAGUACCACAACAGCCGAGGCCAGCUGAUCUCUCUGCCCACCACGCCCCAGCUGAUGCACUGUUACCACGUCAACCAGAUCACCAGCGAGCUCAAGUACAAAGAGGAUCUGACGUGGCUCAGAGGACUCGGCUGCUUCCUGUACGACACGCCGGAGAUGAUCCACGUCCGCAACAUCAACAAGCAGCGGGUCACCUACCCGGUGGAGGCGAAGAAGAACCUGGCCAACUUCUCCGUGGUCCUGGACACGCCGGAGUACAAGCGUGUGACGGAGCUGAAGACCCACAUGAGCAACCUGAUCUACAAAGCCCAGAGCAAGAAGGACAUGGAGAAGGUCUCCACCACCGUGGACUCGGUGGACAUCCUCAGAGCCAAAUGGGCCCAGCAGCUGACCAACAUUUUCCAGUACACCAAUGUGGCCAGCAAGGAGAGGUCUCACUUCACUCAAGAGAUUGAAACUCCAAACAUGGGCCAUGCGAGAAGAAUGAAAGUGGUCUGCAGCGAUAACAAAUACAAAGACCAGUAUGAGAAGAUGAAGCACAGGUACACCGCCAUCGCCGACACGCCGCUCCUGAUCCGGGCCAAGAAGGCCUACCUCCAGUCCAGUGACCUGCGGUACAAAGAGACCUUCGAGCUCGCUAAGGGCCACUACCACACGGUGAAGGACGCCCUGGACAUCACGUACCACCGCAGGGUCACCGAUGACAUCAGCGAGGUGAAGUACAGAGAGAAGUACAUCAACUCUCUGGGAACGUGGAAGUCCAUCCCCGACCGCCCCGAGUUCUUCUUCAGCAAAGUAGCCAACGACAACGUCAGCAGCGUGAAGUACAAGGAGGACCUGGAGUGGCUGAAGGGCAUCGGCUGCUACGUGUGGGACACGCCGGAGCUGGUUCAGGCCGAGAAGAACAAGACGCUGUACAGCGAGAUACUCUACAAAGCCGCCUUGGAGAAGAACAGAGGAAACUUCAAGUACACCUGCGACACGCCGUUCUUCCAGGCGGCCAAAUACGCCUCCACCCUCAUCAACAACGCAAAGUAUAUAUCCAAAGCAAAGGAUCUGCUAAAGAGCGGAUGCAAUGAGCUGCACCGACCCGACAUCCUCACGGCCCUUUACCAGACCACUAUGAGCAGUAAGUGGAGGUACCGGGAGCAGUACGAACGGGCCAAGGACAAGUUCACCUCGGUCCUGGAGACCCCCGAGUACGAGGCCCACCGGCGCAGCAAGAAAAUCACAGAUAUCGUCUACAAGAUGGAGCACAACAAGACCAAGGCCAAGGGGUACACCUUGCCCUACGACACGCCGCACCAGCACCACAUGAAGAGGGUCAAGGACAUCACCAGCAACCUGAAGUACAGAGAAGUGUACGAGAAGAGCAAAGCCCAGAUCAACAUAGACCCCGAGGCUCAUGAGAUCCGGGCUGCCAAGGAGGCCUACAAGAACAACAGCAAUCUUGACUACAGGAAGAAGUAUCAAGCGACCAAGAACAAGUGGAUCUGGACGGCAGACCGACCCGACUUCCUCAAUGCUGCCAAGAACUCGCUGCAGCAGAGUGACGUCGAGUACAAGUACGACAAAGAGAUGAUGAAGGGCUGUGUGAUUCCCGUGGUGGACGACAAGUUGACCCUCCUGGCGAUGAAGAACGCAGAAAUGUCCAGCGAGCUGAAGUACAGGGAGAAGUACGAGAAGACCAAGGGCCACUACGUCCCCGUGGAGGACACCCCUCAGAUCCUGCACGCCAAGGCCGUGCGCUCCCUGGUGUCGGAGAGCAAAUACAAGGCGGCCAGUAAGAAGGACAUGCAGUCCGGCUCCUUCACCACCCUGUCGGAGACCCGCGACACCGCUCACAGCAAGGAGAUCAACAAGCUCAUCAGCGGGAAACUGUACAAAGCCAAGUUUGAGAAGGAAAAGGGCAAGUCCAUCUACAACAGCAUGUUGGUGCCCCCCGAUGUGCAGCACGCCAUGGGAGUGGCCAAGAGUCAGAGCAGCGUCGCCUACAAGAAGGAAGCUAAAGCCAACCUCCACUAUACGAGCGUGGCGGACCGGCCCGACAUUAAGAAAGCGACGCAGGCUGCCAAGCUCAUCAGUGAGGUUGGCUACCGGGAGAAGGCCCGAGCGGACGCGAGCCGCGGAGGUUCUCUGGUCCACCGCCCGGACAUCACUCUGGCCACCGAGGUGUCCAAGCUGAACAGCCAGGUGGAGGUGAAGCCCUCCCUCCACGGAGCAGCUUCCUAUGACACCCUCCAGAUGCGCCACAUUAAGAAAAUGACUUCCAUGACGAGUGAUCUGAAGUACAAGGAGAAGUUUCAGAAGGAGAUGAAAGGAAAGAAACCAGAGUAUGACCUGAAGAACAGUAAGAUCUACCAGACGUUGAAGGACGCCAACGUGUUGGCCAGUGACGUGAAGUACAAGGGAGACCUGAAGAAGCUCCACAAGCCUGUGACUGACAUGGCCGAGUCUCUGUCCAUGCAGCACAACCUGAGCACCAGCAAGCUGUCCAGCAGCUACGUCUACAAGAAGAAGUUUGAGGACAGUAAAGGUCACUACCACAUGAUCGCCGACACACCAGAGCAGCUCCAUCACAAGGAGGCCUCUGAGCUCCAGAGCAACGUGAAGUACAAGGAGAAGUAUGAGAAGGAGAAGGGGAAGGCCAUGCUGGACUUCGAGACGCCCACAUAUGUGACGGCUAAAGAAUCCCAGCAAAUGCAGAGUCAGAAAGACUAUAAGAAGGACUUUGAGGAGCACAUGAGGGGCAAGAACCUCUCAGGGUUGGAGGUCACGCCCGCCAUGAUACAUGUCAGGCACGCCACCAAAAUAGCCAGCGAGAAAGAGUACAGGAGGGAUCUAGAGGAGGGCGUGAAGGGUAGAGGGCUCACGCUGCUGGAGGAAACUCCGGAGCUCUUGAGGGCCACGAAUGCCACUCGCAUCCUGUCUGAGAGAGAGUACAAGAAGUCGCUGGAGCUGGAGAUCAAAGGAAAAGGAAUGAUGGCUUUGGCUACAGACACCCCGGACUUCAUGAGGGCGAGGAACGCCACGGACAUCCUGAGUCAGAGUAAGUACAAGCACACCGCUGAACUGGACCGGGCCUGCUACACGAGUGUCAUCGACACCCCAGACAUCCUCCACGCUCAGCAGAUGAAGAACAUCAUCAGUCAGAAAAAGUACAGAGAGGAGGCCGAGAGGACGAUGUCUCACUACGUUCCCGUCCUGGACACCCCGGAGAUGCAGAGAGUCCGUGAGAACCAGAAGAACUUCAGCACUCAUCAGUACCAGAGUGACCAUAACAACUUAAAGGGCAAAGUGUCUUCUGUAAAGGACACUCCUGAAAUGCUCCGCGUUAAAGAGAAUACAAAGAAUUUCAGCUUGAUUCAGUACAAGGAGGAUCUGGGAGGGGGCACGUCUCUGGCCGAGACCCCGGAGAUGGAGCGCGUUAAACACAACCAGCGCAACAUUAGCACGAUUCAGUACAAGGAGUCUGUGGGUCAAGGCACCGCCAUACCAGAUCUCCCCGAGGUGAAGCGGGUCCGAGAAACCCAGAAGAACAUCAGCUCGAUUCAAUACAAAGCCGGCGUGGAACACGGCACGUCGGUGUCGGAGACCCCCGAGAUGGAGCGAGUCAAACGCAACCAGCUCAACAUCAGCACGGUUCAGUACAAGGAGUCUGUGGGUCAAGGCACCGCCAUACCAGAUCUCCCCGAGGUGAAGCGGGUCCGAGAAACCCAGAAGAACAUCAGCUCGAUUCAAUACAAAGCCGGCGUGGAACACGGCACGUCGGUGUCGGAGACCCCCGAGAUGGAGCGAGUCAAACGCAACCAGCUCAACAUCAGCACGAUCAAGUACAAGGACUCUCUGGGUCUCGGCACGGCGAUCCCGGACCUCCCCGAGGUGCAGCGGGUCAAACAAAGCCAGAAGAACAUCAGCUCGGUGUUGUAUAGAGACAGUUCAGCCAAGGGAACCCCUGUGGUGUUCACCCCAGAGAUGGAGCGGGUCAAACGGAACCAGGAAAACAUUAGCUCGGUGCUGUACUCAGACAGUUUCCGUAAGCAGGUCCAGGGCAAAGCGGCCUUCGUCCUGGACACACCUGAGAUGAGGCGCGUCAGGGAGACCCAGCGCAACAUUUCUGGGGUAAAGUACCACGAGGACUUCGAGAAGAGCAAAGGCAGCUUCACGGCCACCGCCUCCGACCUGGUGAUGGAACGUGUGAAGAAGAACACCCAGGACUUCAGCGACAUCAACUACCGCGGCAUCCAGCGCCGCGUGGUGGAGAUGGAGAGGAGGCGCGCCAUCGAGCACGACCAGGAGACCACCACCGAUCUGCGUGUUUGGCGCACAAACCCCGGCUCGGUCUUCGACUACGACCCCGCUGAGGACAACAUCCAGUCCAGGAGCCUCCACAUGAUGUCAGUUCAAGCUCAGCGCCGCAGUAAAGAACACUCGCGCUCCACCAGUGCGUUGAGCGGUCUGGCCGAUGAGAAGUCAGAGGUCUCCCAUGACAACGAGCAGCACAUGUCACUGUACAGCAACGGCUUCAUGGCCCCCUCCACCGGUUACCAACACGCUAAGACUGUGGAGCUGCAGCAGAGAUCCUCAUCAGUGGCCACCCAGCAGACCACCGUGUCCUCGGUCCCCUCACACCCCUCUACCACCGGGAAAACCGUGCGCGCCGUCUACGACUACGGCGCGGCCGACAGCGACGAGGUUUCCUUCAAGGACGGAGACGUGAUCGUGAACGUUCAGGCCAUCGACGAGGGCUGGAUGUACGGAACCGUGCAGCGCAGCGGAAAGACCGGCAUGCUGCCCGCCAACUACGUGGAGGCCGUCUGAGGAGGAGGAGAGGAGGAGGAAGGAGAAGAGGAGGAAGGAGAAGAGGAGGAGGAAGGAGGAGAAGAGGAGGAGG